UCGAUCCCCGGCAACGGCGUUUUUUCAUUUUUUUUUACCCAAUAUCCCUUCUCUUUCAUAGUUUCCUUUUGGAAAGUGUUAUAAACUGCUCCUUUGACGAUCAUAUUGAUGCUGGAAAAUCACGCAAAUUCUGGGAAUAAUGGCAAACAUUAAGUCAAAUUACCAGAAAUCUAUUUAUUUAUUUGAGAAAACUGGAAGCAACCUCGGAAAAGGUGGGCAGGCCAAAACUGCUGAUAAGCUUUGUUGAUUGGUAGUGUAUUCCUUUGAAAUUGCCUAAGAUGCUAUGUUACUCCAACUCAGGUACUUAUUCUGGACACAGGUACGUGCUUUAUAAUUCUGCUAGGCUAAUUCAUUUGAAGUUAUACUAUAUGUGUAAAAUGAAGUGUCAAUUUAUCUAUGCCUAUUUUGUUGUGUCAAGGAUGCCACAUGGUUACUUCAUGCAAAAUGAAGAGUGUGAAUAACGUAGUUAGAAAUGCAUAAUAUUAGGAGUAGAACUGACUUGGAUAGCUGGAUAUUCAUGAAUUUGACAACCCUGCUAUAAUGUCAGUUUGCAACUGUAUGUCUGGACUCUAGAGUCUGCACAAUUAAGUUAAAGAUACCAACUUUUUACAAUAUCUAUCUUGUGGCAAAAUAUACCCAUCUUUUGGCAAGAAAACUAUCAGUGUACAUUGGGGGAAAACAUAACUAUCUGAGAAUUCUUCCUUGAGAACUCGUCUUGUUGCCUUGCUUGAUAAUUCAUGAUCUAAAGAUAUUUCUUUGUUCGAUGAAAAACAGAUUUUGUUGAGAACUAUUGAUUUACAUGAACAUCCAAGUCGUUGUAGUAUAGUGGUAAGUAUUCCCGCCUGUCACGCGGGUGACCCGGGUUCGAUCCCCGGCAACGGCGAAAAUGUUUUUAGCCUUCUAUAAAUGGUUUUGUUUGCGAGCCCUCAGCUCUAUGUUUUGUUUAUAUUUGGAAGUUUCUUUAAUGCACUUUAUUAAUUUACCAGUUUAAAGGAGGGAAGUCUAUCAAUAGAAAUGAGGUGACUAUUGGUGCUUUAUAAGAGACCAUUGGAUGAAUGGAUGUAAUUGGAAAUUUGGCCCUUAAAUUUAAAAUUUAUAGCAUGGUAAUAGCUAUAUUGACUUUCGAAUUUGCAAUAUAUAGGCUUGCUGAAUUUCUACUUAUGCAACGAUAUUUCUGGACAAGGUCAUAACUCAUAAUAUAUUCUUCAUGAGGUGUUAACCUUCCGUUAUUUAUUAGGAUUUGGUGGACUAUUAUUAUGGUCUGUGAAUUGUUUAGCAUUUGUCUGAUGAAUCAUCACGAGGACUGGUCUUCUGUACUUGUAUAUGCUGUUUUAGUACGAAAGUCAAGAUAUUGAAGAACAACAUGGGUAAGAUCACUGAAAUUUAUAGAGAAUUUAUCUUCUUAGUUCUUGUGUAAAUAUCUAUCAUUAAAUCAUUACCGUGAGACCCACUUCUAAGUUCUAAUACAUAUUCUGUUGAAAUGAAUAAUUAUGUAGGAGACAUUGAAGUAUGUAAUAAAUUCAAGAAACCAGUUUCAAAACUGAUUUUCAUAUGUAUAUUCUUGGUUUUGUCUCAAACCUGUUACUUGUGUAAGAAUGAAUGUAUAUCAAUCAAUCUUAUUAAAAUAUAAUCUCUUACAAAUUUUGAUUGAUUAGAUAAGGCUCAUGCAAUUUAUACACUUUACAUAUGAUACAGUUUAACCAAGAUUUUGCGGGAUAAUUAUUGUUGUCGUUUGGGAGUAGUAGGUCAGAAUGCUUCUAUAUUUUGCUGUUCUACAUUUAUUAGAAAUUUAAUUACUAGUAAAAUUGAAGAUGCCAUCAGGCAGUUUGGUGCCUAGGUUGACAUGGGGAUGGCGUUUAGGCUUCCCCCAUGGGCCGUUCUUGAGCCGCACUUUGCAAAGACCGGCUCUUCAUGAUGAUAGUCCUAUAGGCCAACACAACCAAACUAUCGAUAAGAUAUUGAGAAAUGCUUACAAAGAUGAGCUAUCAUGACAUGACCAUGCGGGUCCAGCUUGGUAUGGCACGUGCCUCGUGCCAUGCCGAGCAUUUGUUAAACUAUAUAAAGCUUUAAAGCUCAAGUUUUAAAGGUUAAAGCAAAUGAAUUAUUUGUUCCUAUCCUUGAUCAUCCCCACGAGCUAGGUCCCAGAAUAGACAUUGUAUUCUAUCUAUUUCUCAAGGGUUGGCUGAUAGGACACAAUAUUGCUAGUUUAUUGAGGUAGCUCAGCUUCCCGGCCUGGUUGACAUUAAAACUUGUUUAUUUAAAAGAAUUGUCCUUGUCUUUAAUAAAUCAACUUUUGGCCUGAUUAUUCACACCUAAUUUAUCAUCUAUGACCGUUUCCUGGCAAAAAUUCUAUAUUAUACAUCAACUAAUGAAAUCGGAGUUUCAUGGACAAUCACUCAAGCUUGUAAGAUUCCUGGAAAACAACAUGCAAUCCAACGUGCUUUAAAAAUUAAACCUCAAGCACAUAGUAUUACUCAUACUAUAAUUAGUACUGCCUCUCAAAAGUCAAACACAAAAAUUAUGGAAGAAGAGGAUUUAAUCAGUGAUUUACCAGAUGCUAUCCUCCAUCUGAUUCUCUCUCUAAUCCCAACCAAAUCCGUAAUCAGAGCAUCUUCUAUUUCUAAAAGAUGGAGAGAGAUUUCCAUGGAGCACCUCACAUAUGCCAGCUCUUUAGAUUUUGGAGAAGAGUUUGCCAAGCAGCAGAAACCAAAUCAAUUUGCAGACAACCUUAACAAAAUCCUCAGAAUCAACAAGUCUGAGAAACUCGACAAGUUCAAGCUUUUAUUCAGCCCGAGAAAUGAAGAGCACAAGUUUAACGCUAUAAGUUGGAUUAAGUUUGCUACUUCAAGAGGUAUUAAAGAGAUUGACUUGGAUUUCUGCAGACAUAUCCACAUUCACUUUUUAUCUCGAGCCCACAUUGUUGGUAAAAAAGAUGCCUUUGAGUUGCCAGAUUUUCUUUUCGAUUGCGUAACACUGAGAAUCAUGAAGCUGAGUCGUUGUAUUUUAGCUCUUCCAGAAGAAUAUGCUGGUUUUGGUGGACUUCAGACACUCUGCCUUAAAGAAGUUCAUCUAACUGACAGUAUGCUUCAAAGUCUGCUGUGCAACUGCACAUUGCUUGAAAAUCUGGUUCUGAAGGAGUGUGGAUCGCUGAGUUCGAUCAGGAUUCUGUCUCCUACGCGUCUUAAGAAACUGACAGUUUACGAGUGUUACAAUGCCUCGAUUCUUGAGAUAUCUGGUGCCAACAUUCGGUCCUUGCUGAUUAGUGCAGGUCACUUGGAUGCUUGUAAAGUGGAAGAUAUGGUGAGGUUGGAGGAAGUAUUUAUUGGGACUCGAGGCGAUGAGUUUGGUGGAGUUUUGUAUAUUUUUAUGGAGGUUUUGUCAGACCUUUCACAUGUCAGAGCUCUUACCUUGUACCUUGGACACCUUGUGCCGAGUUUAAUCAAAGACUUCCAGGUGAAAUUCAGAAAUUUGGAGGAAUUACAGCUUGUUAACAGCCCACUAUUUGGACUAUUCAACACCGAUGUCUACUGCUUUUUCAGGCACUUCAACUGCCCUUCUUUACAGAAGAUCUCCAUAGAACUUUCAACAGUGUCAGAGGAGGACAACUUCAUCUGGGAAUACCGAAAGCCUAAUGUCAUGCCUGUCGAAUGUGUUUUUAUCAAUCUGAGGACUGUCACACUGCGGAAUUUCAGAGGGACUAGUUCAGAUAUCGAACUCGCAGCAUAUUUCUUACAAAGAGCACCAAGUUUGGAAUCAAUGAUCCUUAUUGCUCCCCAAAGUUCGAAUGCCAGAAAAUCGAUAGUAAAGGGUGAAGUUUCAUGUUCAACAUCAAAGGUAAAUAAGGCUAAGGGGAUGCAAAAGGCUAUAUUUGAGACGCUUCAUUAUCAUCUAAAGGCAUCAACUAUUGCUGAGAUAAGAGUUUGCGAAAUUGAUGAACGCGAUAGUUUGUUAUCUUUGUUUAAAUGGCAUCAUGUUUUUGAUGUAUACCACAAAUAAUUUUGAUAAAUUAAAGAAGAACAAAGCUGGCUCAGCCUUCUUUGGCUAUAUAUAUUUGUACAAUUUUGAUUUUGUAAGUUUCUGACCAGAAUGAGGAUUUCAAUAGGUAUACUGUUUUUUGAGGGAAUGCAAAUAAUAUAUAUCUGUAUAAUUGUGUGCAUAGUUUAGUUUGUAUAUAACUAUAUAUUCAAUUUUCGUUUUAGCAUUUGGCCAGAUUUUUA